UGGAGAAGAAUAUGUCCCAUCCACAAGUGGGGAUAGUACGGAUAGUAACGUAAGCCAAGAUCUAUCAUUAAAAAGUCGAGCUGAUGCAACAGUACGUUUUUCACUUCCAUGUAAGCGCAAAUUCAAGACAUCUCUUGCUAAAUUCCAGGACAAUGAUAGAAUUGUUGCUAUAACACAAAGCCAACAUCAUGCUCCUGACAGCACCACAUCAGGUAAAACUACAGUUGGAGAUGCAUCAGUAUUUGUUCCUGUAGUCAUCAGAAAGAGUAAUGGAUUUUGAAUGUACAACAAGCGACAGUACUGCCUAUAUUGUAGAUCAGCGGUCCAAAAAAUAUCUAGACACUUGGAGCGUGCUCACUUAAAAGAGAUUGAGGUUUCAAGAGCAUUGAGUUUUCCAAAGGGAUCCCAUCAAAGGAAAUUGCAGCUUGAAUUUCUGAGAAACAAAGGAAACUUUGCACAUAAUGCUGAAGUUAUAAAAACAGGGUCUGGAAUUCUUGUUCCCUUCAAACAACCAAAAGAAAAAUGUGAGGGUCAAGACUUCAUUCACUGUGUCUACUGCCAAGGGUUGUUUAUGAAAAGAGUGCUUUGGAGACACAUGCAGAGCUGUAAAUUCAAACCUAGCAGUCUUAAAUCUAAACCUGGAAAAACUAGAGUCCAAUCCCUCUGUGCGUUUGCUGAACCGGCACCCUCUGUGGUUAGUGAAAGUGUUUGGAAGCUGGUGAGCAAUAUGACACAAGAUGAUAUCUCUUUUGAAGUAAAAAAUGAUCUCUGCAUCAUGGAGUUUGGAAAACAUCUAUAUAACAGGCUUGGAGCCGAUGUCAGCAAGCAUGAAUACAUUCGUCAAAAGUGUGAGGGAGCUUGGUCGGCUGCGUUUACAUGGUAGAGAGGUCACACCACUGCAAACUAUCAAAGAUUAUGUCACACCAAAAAACUUCAUGCUACCAGUUACUGCAGUAAGACACACAGCAGGUUUCAACGAGGAAACUGGCAAAUACAAAACUGCAACACUUGCUCUAAAGCUUGGACAUGGACUGAAAAAUGUGUCCAUGCUCCUUGAAACCAAUGCAAUGAUGAAAGGUGAUAAUGAUGGUGCAACAGCGGCUCGCUGCUUUCGUCAAGUGUAUGAUGCCAGGUGGAAUGAGCUCAUAUCAGCCAAAGCCUUACAGGGCCUCACAGAGUCCAAGUGGAAUUCCCCACAGCUGUUACCUUUCACAGAAGAUGUAAGAACUCUGCAUUGCUACCUGGAUGACGCGCAGCACCAGUUCUACAGUGACUUGACAUCAGAGUGCUCAUCUUGCAACUGGGCUAACUUGACAAAAGUGACUCUGGCUCAAGUUAUUUUAUUCAACAGGUGUAGAGAAGGGGAAGUAUCAAAAAUGCCUGUUUCAACAUUCAUCCUAAGAGACAAAUCAGAUCCUCAUGAAGAUGUCAAUGUAGCUCUCUCUGAGCUAGAGAAAAGUCUCUGCAAGCAUUUUGUGAAACUUGAAAUAAGAGGUAAAAGAGGGCGGAAGGUGCCUGUGCUCUUAACCCCUGCGAUGGUGGAUUCCCUUGAUUUGCUUGUGGAGAAGAGAAAAGAAUGUGGAGUGGCUGAUAACAAUCCAUACAUGUUUGCACGGCCAUAUGCAGUGUCCCACUACAGAGGGUCAGAUUGCAUUCGUUACUUUGUGAAAGCUUGUGGAGCCAAGAACCCUCUCUCACUCACCUCUACAAAGCUCAGGAAGCAUGUUGCUACACUCUCAAAAGUACUCAAUCUGAAUGACACUGAGCUUGAUCAACUGGCAGAUUUUCUUGGCCAUGACAUCAGAGUCCAUCGCCAGUUCUAUCGUUUACCUGAGGGCACUCUCCAGCUUGCGAAGAUCAGCAAGAUUCUCAUGGCCCUUGAGCAGGGGCGUUUAUCAGAGUUUAAAGGAAAGACCCUAGAUGAUAUCAACAUCGCCCCAAAUGAGACAAUCCUGUGUGACAAAGAAAUCCAAGAGGCCUGGCUUGAGGAGAACGUGCCAGAUUGCACAAGGGUGGCCUCACCACACAAUGUGACAUCUCAAAAUGAAAGUCAGCAUCCAAGGAACAAGGACUGUGUUGAGGACACAGCCGAGUCACCAUGUGCUUCAGGCAGUCAGAUGCGAAAUGACACAAAGAAAAACUCUCAAGCUAUCCAGUUAUCAUCUCCAAAAAAUGGUCGCAAACCAGUCAAGAAAAAGAAUUGGGAGAAGGUGGAGGUUGAUGCAGUUGAAAAACACAUGAUGCACUUCAUUGAAUCGUGUCGUGUUCCAGGAAAGGCUGCCUGCGAUUUGUGCCUCAAAUCUGAGCCGGAAGCCCUAAAACGGAGGGACUGGCUGGCUAUUAAAUUUUACGUCAAAAACCGGAUAUCUGCUCUGCAAAGGAAAAUUUGAGCUAUGUUCCUGAGCUGCAAGUAUAAAGUACACCCAAAGUAUAAAGUUGUAAAUGGUUAAAUGUAUAAAUUGUCAGAUUUCAUGGAAUUUUGAAUGUUAUCCCAUAGUGAAUGCUUUCAACAUCUGGACAAAAAGGUGGUUUUGAAAUCAGAUGUUUUAGUUCUAAAGGUUCAGAGAGACGGGGUCAGUUUUAUAGUUGGAGAGGGACUGAGGUUGAACAUUAGCAGCUACAGUACUUGGACACAAGAGAUAUGGAGAACAAGAGACUAGUGACAGUGAGAAAAGACAGACAUUAUUAUGAAUUUUUUGCAUUUUACCAAAUAUAUUAUCUUAUGCAUCACUUGUGCUCUUAUUAAUAUUUGGGAGAGGAUAAAGUUUGAUUUAGUUCCAAAAUGCAUGGUGCACUUCAUUGAUUUCAGUUUUGUAUGAUGAAAGGCUGUAUCAGGUCAUUGAGUCUUGUUUUAGGAUAUCAGGCCAUUGACGAAUGAAAUCUAUAGUAGUUAUCAGUUGGUGUCGAUUCUUCAGUCAACUAAUUCUUCAGAUUCCAGCUUGUUCUUUUAUCGUCUAUAGUUAUAGACAAGUGUCCAUUUAUGUGGUCAUUAGCUUAUGAGCGACAGUGUUACAUUGUAAUGAGUUACUGAUUGGUUGUUUAGUCUGUGAAAGAUCCGUGAGCACUUGGGAGUAAGGUGUCGUCACAAGGAAAUCCCAAUACAGAUACAAUUUUAUACGAUGCUCCUGAGCUGCAGGUAUAAUUCACCAAAAGCACCAUGUUGAA